UUUUGUUCUUUUUUAUAUUUAAUUAGAAAGGUGAUAAUGAAUUUGAAAUUUUUGAAAAAUCUUCGAAACAAAGCAUUUCAUGUUGUCAUUAGAAAACAUAGCAAUGAAGUUUCCUCUAAAAUCCGAAAUAUUGGAAUUAUUGCUCACAUAGAUGCAGGAAAAACAACAACAACCGAAAGCAUGCUAUAUCAUGCUGGCGCAAUCAAAAGAAUGGGGAAAGUUGACUCUGGAAAUACAGUUACCGACUUCCUCCCAUCAGAACGUGCUAGAGGAAUAACAGUACAAAGUGCAGCUGUAAGCUUCAACUGGAAUGAUACUUGUCUUAAUCUUAUUGAUACACCUGGCCAUGUAGAUUUUACUGUCGAAGUGGAAAGAGCGCUUCAUGUCUUGGAUGGUGCUGUCACAGUCCUAGAUGGGUCUCGUGGAGUUGAGGCACAAACUCGAACAGUUUGGCGUCAAGCAGAUAAGCUGAAUGUUCCGAGAAUCGUGUUUGUAAAUAAAAUGGACAAAUCGGGAGCAGAUUUUGCUGCUACUGUACUGUCCCUACAAGAAAGUUUAUCAGCAAAAACUUUUAUCAUACAAUUCCCAGUGAUGACAAAUGAAUUUUCUGGAUUAGUGGAUAUUGUUAAUGGUACAGUAUCGAAAUGGCAAGCUAUAGAUAAUCCAGAUAGUUUUUGCACAGUGGCACUAACAGAAGAUGAUGACAUAUUGUGGAAAAAUUACAUAGGUUUAAAACAAAAACUUAUUGAGCAACUAGCAGAUUUAUAUGAUGAUAUCGCCAAUAUGUAUUUAACAGAAUACACUGAUCGCAUAGACAAAUUUCCAAGCAAACCACUUGUCACAUCAUUGUCUCACGCAGUAAAAAAUUUCAAUGCAAUUCCUAUAUUAUGUGGAAGUGCAGUAAAAGACAUUGGCGUUCCCUCAUUAUUAGAUUCUGUAAUUGAUUAUUUGCCUUCGCCUGAUAACUCUAACACAAAUUUAUCAAUAAAAAAUAAAGAUAGUUUAGUGGGAUAUGCUUUCAAAGUUGUUCACCAUAAAAGGUUUGGACCGGUUGUAUUUAUAAGAGUUCUGUCAGGAAGCAUUUCAACUGGCAAUAAAAUUUUCAAUGGCUCCAAAGACCAUUCAGAAACUGUAUCACAACUAUACACAGUUUUUGCUGAUGAAUAUAAACCAAUUUCAAAAGCUUCAGAAGGACAAAUUGUUGCAAUAACUGGUUUAAAAUUAACAGGAACAGGAGAUACUUUAUUUGAAAAAAAUGCAGAAGCUAAUGAGAACCUGGCACCAGUGACAAUUCCACAGCCAGUAUAUUUUUGUACUGUAGAAGCAGAUACCCAAACAGAGCUAAAAGCUUUAAAUGGAUGCCUCACUGUGCUCAUUCGAGAAGACCCAUCAAUUAGAAUAAAAAUGGAUUCAAACUCUGGACAAACAAUUUUGUGCGGAAUGGGUGAACUACACAUGGACAUUUUGAUUGAAAGAAUCAAAAAUGAGUUUAAGACAAAUUGUUAUAUUGGACCAAUCCAAGUUGCAUAUCGUGAAACUCUUUUGGAGAAAACUCAAAGAUGUAAGUUUUCCUAUAAUCGUACAGUUUUGGAAAAAACACAUAACAUAGAAAUGGAAUUAACUGCUGAUCCUAUUAAAUCAGAUGACAUUUCAAUUUCAACCAAGGUCACGGACAUUACGCCAGAAGUUCGAAUGGCUAUCAAAGAUGGAAUUCUACAAGCUUGUCAGUCAGGGCCAAUGAUGGGAUUCCCAUUAAUGAGAGUAAAAAUUUCAGUACGAAAAUUUAAAAUGACAUCGAACUCACCUAAAACUAUAGUAACUGCAGCUGUAGUAAAUAUGGUCCAAGAGUUCUUUUCUCAAGCCAAUUUUUGUGUUCUAGAGCCAAUGAUGGAUAUCGAAAUUGUUACCAAUUCAAACAAACUUGACCUUGUUUUAAAAAGUCUUGCCCAGAAGCAUGCAACAAUAUCAGAAGUCAAAGGCUAUGAGAUUGAAAGAUAUGUAUCGGCUCGAGCACCUGUCUCUGAAAUGCUUGGGUUUGCAUCUAAAUUGAGGAGUAUUUCAUCUGGUAAUGCAGAUUUAACAUUGGAAAUCUGUGGUUAUGAAGUAGUUUCAAAUGAAAAUAUUGAGACUCUUCGUAGUCGAUUAAUAGGUGGUGUUUCAUACAAAUAAAUUUUGCACUUUGA